GACAAGAGCUGAAAAACAAAGAUGAAAAUAGUUCUCAGCUGUUGAUUUACUGCCUCUUAGUUGUUAUUUAUACUAGUACUUAUAUCUUUUUUCUACGUUAUUAUAUUAAAUUAUAUGCCAUGAUUCGAGAAGACGACCCUCAGUUUCGAAUAACGCCUUUUCAGCAAAUGGCAUCAGCAUGUUCCGGUGCACUUAUAACCUCGCUAUUUAUGACACCGUUAGACGUAGUGAAAAUAAGAUUGCAAGCGCAGCAAAAGGCACUACUUUCAAAUAAAUGUUAUUUAUAUUGCAAUGGUUUAAUGGAACACUUAUGCCCUUGUGGUGAAACAGCAUGGAUACCCCGACGAGUUCACUUCCAUGGAACAAUGGAUGCUUUUUACAAAAUAGCUAAAUUGGAAGGUGUCACUGCCCUAUGGUCAGGUUUAAGUCCCACCCUGGCAUUAGCACUUCCAUGCACAGUGAUAUAUUUUGUUUCAUAUGAACAGCUUAGAUAUAAAAUGAAAACCACUUACAAUACCAUGACAGGAAACAUGGGCCAACCAAUGUGGAUACCGUUAAUAGCAGGAGCAACUGCGAGAAUGACAGCUGUGACCCUCGUUAGUCCUGUAGAACUCAUUAGAACGAAAAUGCAAUCAAAGAAACUUACAUAUUCUGAAAUAAUGAUUGCAUUGAGACAAGUUUUGAAAUAUGAAGGAUACAGAGGACUGUUCCGUGGUUUAGGAUCAACACUUUUGAGGGAUGUGCCAUUUUCAGGCAUAUAUUGGACAACAUUUGAAAAAAUUAAGAGAAUAUUCAAUAAACCAGAUUCAGAGAAGAAUACAUUCUUGUUCAAUUUCUUUUGUGGAUCUGUAGCGGGAAGUGUUGCUGCUUUUAUGACAAUACCUUUUGAUGUCAUUAAAACUCACCAGCAAAUAGAAUUAGGUGAAAAAGAAAUCUAUACAGACGGAAAGAGUCAUCAGAGAGCUUCCAAUAUGAAAGCUAUUGCAAGGGCAAUAUAUAGAAAUCAUGGGAUAAAAGGUCUAUUCACUGGCUUUUUGCCACGAAUAUGUAAAGUUGCACCAGCAUGUGCUAUUAUGAUUGCAACAUUCGAAUAUGGAAAGCAAUUUUUCCAAAAGUACAAUUCUCAAAAAUAUAAGGAAAUGAUGCAAAGACAAGGUGUAGAUCUAACAAUUGUAAAAAGUGAAUAAUGCAAGAUUUUGAGUUUGCUUGUGGCUUAUUUGUAUUGUUUUAGACAUCAUCAAGACAUAAUAAUCGUAAGCCAAGUAACAAGCGGUAAUGACUACUCUUAGCAAGAAAACUAC